AAUCUGCUCCCCUACUUAGAGACAUGUAAACGGCGCAUUCGUGCCCUCACGGAAAAAGACCACACGGUGUGCGUGCGCGCGUGUGUGUGUUUGAAAAGAGAGAAACACGACUAUGCACGCCUUGGUAAACGCCUUCAUGCGUUGCCUCUCCCUCCUCCUGUCUCCCUCUUGGCUUUGUGUCGGCUUUUGCUUGUGGGUUGGGAAUGAGUAUGAAGAGACGCUGUCGCGGCCCAAUCCCAGAGCUCGUUUCAAAAGCAAAAAGCCUCUUACAUAUGAGGAAGUAGCGGCAGUAGCGGCGGCAGCGGCAGCAGCAGGAGGAGGAGGAGGAGGAGGCGGAGGAGGAGUAGAAGAAGCAGCAGCACAACGAGGCUCCAGCCCGUCGGUCUCACCAGGUCCAGGCUGCGUCUCGCUGGCUGCUACAAACCCCGUUGCUCUUCAGGGCCCUCCACCGGGCGGGAUCUGGAUCGGGGGUCUCUGGCGAGCCGUGGAGCGCGUCUUCGGAGCCCCGUGGGUCCUUCUCCGCCAUCACUGGUGCCCGAAGAGGCGUCGAGCGGCUUUACGCACCCCGUAUCCUGUCUGUGCCUUCGAGUCGAGCAAGAUUAAGACCUUCCAGGGAGGCGCUGCUGCUGCUGCUGCUACAACCGAGGAAGGGAGGGGAGCGGGUGGGAGCACCUUGGCUUAUUCGCGGAACAUGAGUGGGUCUGUGGGGAUCCCCAACCCGAACCCAGCGGAGUGCGCCUCAGCCGCUUCAGCGGAGCGGGGCAUCGAUGAAGUGAUCACCGUGGAUCAGCACACGCAGGAGAUGGGCACGGUGACGAUAACGGUGGCCAUUCAAGCGGCGGAGGACGAGGAACCCGAGGAAGUGUCAUCCAACAUCGACUUCCUCGGAGGCAGCUGCAGUGAGGACGAAAUCGGAAGAUAUGACAGAUCCAGCGGGGCAGGCACCAGUGGAGGGGAGCUGGAGGAGGAGAGCUGGCAGCCCCCAGAUCCAGAGCUCAUCCAGAAGUUGGUGGCUCAGAUCGAGUACUACCUGUCCGAUGAGAACCUGGAGCACGAUGCCUUCCUGCUCAAACAUGUCAGACGUAACAAACUUGGGUUUGUCAGCGUCAAGUUGCUCACCUCAUUUAAAAAGGUGAAACACUUGACUCGUGACUGGAGAACAACUGCUUAUGCUCUGAGACACUCAAAGAUACUUGAGCUGAACGAUGAGGGGCGUAAGGUGCGGCGUAAAUCCGCAGUGCCCGUCUUUGCCAGCGAGUCGUUGCCUAGCCGCAUGCUGCUGCUGAGUGAUUUGCAGAGGUGGCCGGAGCUGGCUGCCCUCACCAAGGAUAACGGAGGGAGCGAGGGAGGAGCUACUCAGCAGGAGCAGCUGAUGAAGCUGCUGCUGAAAGCUUUCGGUACAUAUGGCGCCAUUGCCUCUGUCAGAGUCCUGAAGCCUGGGAAGGACCUGCCGGCUGACCUGAAGAGGCUGAGCGGCCGCUACACUCAGCUAGGCACUGAGGAAUGUGGCAUUGUGGAGUUUGAGGAGGUGGAGGCUGCUAUUAAAGCCAAUGAAGCUGUGGGGAGCGAGGAUGGAGGGCCCAGUUUGCUAGGGUUGAAAGUUGUGCUGAUUGGCACUAAGCCGCCCAAGAAGAAGGUACCCAAAGAACGACCACGUGAGGAGGGAGGGAUGCGCAAGAGUCGCUCGCUCAACAGCAGAGUCCGAGAGCUUCAGUACCACGGGGAGGACUCUGCCUGCAGCUCCUCAGAGACUGAGAGCAACCCUACAUCCCCUAGGCUGGCCAGAAAGUCCCAAUCCUGCAACAAGCUCAGUCCCACCACUGCAGGCAUCAGCUUCCAGAACAAUCACCUGAGUCCUGCUAUGUCCCCACGUAACAGUCCCUGGUCUAGCCCCCGUGGCAGCCCCUGUCCUCAGCGCAAAUCUCCUCAUUCCCACAAGUCUCCCUUAGCCAGUGAGGGCAGACUGAGCCCCGAGCCUGGACGUCGCUGGGCAGACUACUCCUCAGACAGUAGCCUCACCCCUUCAGGGAGUCCAUGGGUUCAGCGGCGCAAGCAGGUGGCGUCUCAGGAGAGCAGUCCGGUCGGCAGCCCGAUGCUGGGGAGAAAGAUCCAGAACGCCGACGGCCUGCCGCCAGGCGUAACGAGGCUGCCAAGGGGCCCCGAUGGAACGCGCGGCUUUCACUGUGUCACUGUUGGUGAAAGGGGAAAGACUGCUGCUACUCAGACUUGAUGUGUGGAGCCUCCUUAUGCAUUCCUUAUCCCCCAGAAACAAAAUGAUAUAUUGGAAUUUCGAGCAGUUCUUAGCCAUGUCGCUCAGCCCCAACCUCACAUUUGAGACUGUGUAGAUAGAUUUUUUUUUUUUUUUUUUUUUUUUAGUGCAUCAGUUUUCAGUCUUUGUUAUAUUUUUAUACGACAUUUUGAGUUACCAUGGUAACAUUAGUGAUUACCCAAUGGAAAUGUGAGGGACUGUAAAUUGAUAUUGCUUUGAGAGAGAACUUUACAUACACCAUGUCACCUCCAUUGCUGUCUAAACUUGUUCUACAUGGGGCAAGUUGCAGAAGGAUUUUUUUUAUUUAUUUUUUUUUUUAAUUGAAAGGUGUCCUCUGUCUUGUGUGUAAAAGCUCACAACAUUGUCUGUGGAUGGUGUAACAUGUGUAAGUGGUGUAAGUGGUAUAGGCACAUGGACUUGAUAGCGAUAUCACCAUAUGCCUUUUCUGUAUUUGUCUACUGUGAGUUCCAUUUUUACAUGCUGUUUAAACUGAGGCCAUAAUUGCCCCACUGCCAUAAAGGUUGGACAGUUUAACUUGGACAUGUUUUUGUUUUUGUUUUUUUGUCUUUUGUUUUUAUUUAGCCUUUUUUAAUUUCAGUGUUUUCAGUAUCCUUUGGCACUUAGUUGGGAGGAGUCUCUUCUAGCCCUGUAAAUGUAAAUCUGUUCAGCGGGUAGCUACUUUAUUAAUUUAUUUUAUUUUUUUUAUUUUAGAUUUGUAUUUUUAUUUUUUUCUGGGCAUAUGUUUCCAUGAGUCUAAGCUCACGUUGAGGUUUAAGGGAUGUUCAGGUCAGGCAGAAUAGAAACUCUUAUGUUCUUGCCCAUACAUCUGAGCUUGGGGAUUUGUACAGUGCAAUUCCUAUUGUACAAAUAAAUCACUAAAAUUGC